AAACAACACCAUCCCGCGUAUUCGAGACGGUACCACAACAUUUCCAUGGUGCUUAAAUGUUGCUACGACUGUAUUGUCUUGAUAAAUUUCUUAGAGAAGCAAGGCAGGCAAGACAAUGGUGUACACAAAUGCUCAUCGACUGUUCUUACAAAUUUUAUCAUCCAAACGUUACCUUCUAGGACCAGAAGUUAAAAGCAUUCAUGAAAAAUGCUGUGCAAAGUUCAAUGUCAGUGCUGACAACCUGCAAGAGUUUGUGAAGGAGAUCAAUGCAGAACUGGAGCAAAUCCACCUGGUAAUCCGGAAGUCCAUUCAAGAGGAUUAUACAUCUGAUAUUCAGUGUUUUGUCUUGGUUAAUCUCUUUGACAAUGAUGCUACAAGGUUUGUAGAUUCAGUGUCUUUAUGCUGA